AAGAUGCGAUCGUGAGUGCGCCUUCGUUUUUCUGUUACAACAAAUUAUUCAACGAAGAGCAAAGCAUUGUUGAUUGUAAUUUAGUUAUAGUUGGUUAUCACUUUUAAUUUAUUAAUAAUUCAGCUGAAAUAAAAUCAAAUAUGAGCCCUACUUCGGCACUCCAACGCGCUCAAACACAAAAUGAGCUCUUCUCACACGCGGAAGUGGCGGAAAUACUGAACAAUAUGUUGCAAUCGGAAUCGGCCGGUCUCUUGGUUUCGUACGAAGUGGUGUCGGAGUGCGGUCCAACCGGUUACUUGGGUGAAUAUUUUCACUUACAACUGAAGUAUAAAAUUGGUGAGUCAAAUGAUAUUCAAACAACGCGCGUGUUUGUCAAAUCAUUGCCCUACCAUAAUCCCAAGAUGACAGCGUUUAUUGAAGACUGUGGCAUGUUCACCAAAGAGGCAGCGAUCUAUGAGCGACUCUUGAAUGAGCUGAGGAAAUUGACAACGACCAUCUGGUGCGCCCAAUGCUAUUUCACCCGUCGAGAUCUGUUUGUCAUGCAAAAUAUCGUUGAUUUGGGUUAUGAGCCAGUGCAGGACCCGGCGGAGUUUCUAACACAAUCACAAAUGGAUGUACUCUUAAAAAGUUUAGCCACAAUGCACGCGUGCAGUAUUACGUAUGAAGAGAGGAAUCAGGUGAAUAUUGGCGAGCAGCUGCGGGAUGUGUUGCGGGAGAUGACUGUGUCGCCGAAAGUGGUUUUCUAUACAGCUGGUGUAAAGGCCGUUCUAGCGGUAGCGCGCGUUCAUCCCGCCUACCAAUGCGAAGUACUGCAAAAAUUCAUCGCCGAAGAAUUGCCGAGCCGUCUGGAUAGCGUCUAUGAAAUGGUAAAUCCAUCCAAAAACUAUCGUAACGUCUUUUGCCAUCGCGAUCUGUGGGGUGGCAACCUAUUUUUCCACAAAUCCCAACCUGAUAAAGAACCGGUGGUGCUUGUAGACUUCCAACUGGCGCGUUAUAGUCCGCCUGCGAUCGAUGUGCUUAUGGCAGUCUAUCUGAAUGUAACACCCCAGCAGCGGAAAGCGGGAUUGAAAGAGUGGUACUAUGACAGAUACUAUAGUUACUUCGCCGAUGAACUAAAACGACAAGGCUUGGAGGCAGAGCAACUGCUUAGCCGUCACCAAUUUAAGCAGUCACUUAAAUCGCUGGAACUCUUUGGCGCGCUUUACAACUGCAUCUCAGCGACUAUAUUGCGUGUGCCGGGAGAUUAUUUAAAGAAUUUGAAACUGAAUCAUCCGGAUGCAUUUCAUCGCUACACAAAUGUAGAUCGCGUGAACGAAGUGCUGGAACUGCUGCAAAUGGAUAAGAAAUUCAAAGCCUAUAUUUUUGAGUGUAUAGAAGAAAUGUUGCAUUUGUUGUUGUAGUCAGUGUAAUUUAAAUGUGUUUGAGUUCUAUUAAAAAACCAAAUGUUUUAUUAUUAAAA